AUCUGCACACCCAUCGAGAAAACUGUUUGAAAAAUCCAUUUUCGCUAUUCAAAAACAAACUUAACUUCCCCACUUAACUUCCUAUAUAAACCAAACACACAAAUUUCCGAUCACCCAAAAACAUCCAAAAAUAAAAAAAAAAAACCAUGAAGAUGGACAAAGAAAUCUCUCAUCCAAUCCACCCACGCAACAAUCACAAGCUCAAACUCGAAUACACCGAGGUUCCAUUCAACUGCGACGGCUGCAAAGAAGCCGGUAUAGGCCUCAAAUACAAGUGCCAACUAUGCGAGUUCGAUCUCCACAAGUCAUGUGCAAUGGCAGCUCCAAGUCUCACACACAAAUUCUACAACAAAUGCGUCUUCCAGCUCCUCUACAGGCCGCCUGGAGAGAUCAGGAGGUACUGCGAUGCGUGCAGGAAAGACGUCCAGGGCUUCGUCUAUCACUGCAGGAGAUGCGGUUUUGAUCUGCAUCCUUGCUGUGCAAACCUCCCGCAAGUGCUGGACGAUGGGGAGUGCCAUCUUCGACUUUGCAUGAAGCUCUCGAGCUCGUGCCACCGCUGCGGUGGCAAAGGACCUGGUUGGGCGUACAGGUCUGAAUGCAAUUCGUAUAAUCUCCAUGUUUCGUGCGUGAAAGAAUUGCUAGUGGAGAGCUGGCAAGCCAUGUAUUUGAAUGUGGACAAGAACAAGGUAAGGGAGUUGCAGACGAGGAUUCCGAGCCUCAGAGGAACUCUUCAGAACCAUCAUGGAGGAGGGGGAGGAAGAGGGAGGAUGAGGAAAUGCUGUGAGAUUGCUGGUGGGGCUGUGAGGAUUAUUGUGUCUGCCAUUCUUGGAGAUCCUACUGCUUUGAUAGCUGCUGCGGUUGGGGGAUUCAUGUCUAAAUAGAAAUGAGGAUGGUGUAUGGAAAACUAUAUUAUCCCGGGGGGAGUGUGGACAAACUAUGUUAUGCUUUACUGUGUGUUGGUUUUCAUGUUGAAAAUUGUGUACGUCUGUUAGUAUGUUUUAAUGUAAAUAAAUUUAAGGGUUAUUUGCAAUUUAA